AUGCUCAACCCAGGACUGGCCAGCAUCGUGCUCGCCACCGCCUCAAUCUCCGCGCUCAUCUACAUCGCCUACCUCUACGCCAUAAACCGCACCCGUCUCGCAGUCCACCUCAAAAGAAAAGGCUAUCAUCGAUGUCCCCAUUACCAGCACAAAGAUUUCCUCUUCGGCUCCGACUGGCGGGAUUCAUUAGUAGUAGCUUCCAUCGCCGGAACUCGCCAACAAUGGUACCGGGAACAAUUCGCUACCUACGGCAAGACGUUCGAGACUCGCAUCUGGGGCAAGCGGAUAUUCCAGACAUGCGACCCGGCGAAUGUCCAGGCGGAGCUCACGGCGCCUGCGACGGAUGUUGGAGCGGGCCCGUCGAGGGCUGGGCUGCUUUCUUGGUUGGGGCGCGGUGCGUUUACGAUGGAUGGAGAGUUUUGGAGGCGAUCGAGGGAGAUGCUGAAGCCAGUCUUUAAGAGGACGGCGAUCUCGGAUAUGAGCCGUCUCGAGAGACAUCUGGCACGGCUCUUUGAUGAGCUUGAGCGAGAGGGGCUUGAGGUCGAUUUGCAGAGUCAUUUUAUUCGAAUGUUCCUCGACUUCACCAUGGACCUCCUCAUCGGCGAAGACGUCAACACCAUCAACAAAGAAGCUUCCAAAAUCGACGUUGCCUCAUUCCUCACAGCCUGCGAUGAAUCCCAACUACAAGUCGUCCGCUCAGCACAGCCUUGGAUAGUCCGAUGGUGGAAAGGAUGGACGAAGACCUGGAAUCAGCCCUUGGACGCCACGCAAGGCUUUAUCGGACGAUACGUCGACUCGGCCGUCCAAGAUUUCGAGACGAAAGAGGGCGGGCCCAUCAAGCGUUCAGAUGCGUUUAUCGACGAGCUCAUCCGCGAGGCGGGCAGUAAAGACAAGACGUACUUGCGAGACCAAAUUCUCAAUGUCUUCAUGCCCGGGCGAGAUUCAGUCGCAAUUGAGAUUACACACGUCAUGCUCUACCUCUCCCAGAAUCCCACGGUCUACGAAAAGGUUCGAGCAGAAGUCCUCGCAGCUGGUUUCCGGGACGACAGGGAAAUCUCCUACGACUCCCUCAAAACGUUACCAUACGUCAAUGCAGUCGUCAACGAGGCACUCCGGCUCGGCGGACCACCAAAUGGGCAGACAGUCCGCGAUAUCCUCUCAGACAUCGUUCUCCCUCGAGGAGGCGGCGCCCACGGCGAUCAGCCUAUCCUGAUCCCCAAAGGUUCAGUCUUGUACACACAGAUCCGCUCCAUGUAG